UCAGUGUUGGGAAAAAUAAAGCUCCAGUAAGAACGUGACCAAAUCCUGAUAAAAACUGCGUUGAUAUCAUAUUUUUGAAAGUUAAAAUUUGAUCAAUAUCAUUAUUAUUCGAUUCUAAUAUUCCAUUGGGUAAAGCAAGAGAAAAUUAGGAGUUGAUUUUCAAGUAAGCAAGCAUAUAUAGAGCAAUCAGUGAAAAUGGAAGAGAUAUUUUUUGACUUUGACCAAGACUCUACAUCAGACUUUGCGUUUUGGGGACAAAUGGAUCCCAACUUUCAAUUCCAAUCUCAGUUGGACAGUCUGCUUUUUGACUGUCCGCCCAUGACAGGACAGCUAUCCCCGUGGUCUUCUUUCGGUUGUCAGUCUGUGUUUCCUGAAGCUCAGCUAACUUUCACCGAUCUUGAGUCCCAUUCCCCGCAGCUGGAAGCCAGUGCUGAAGUGGACAGCUCCUCUGCGGACGAGCCUCAAGACAUAAGCAAGCGCAGGCAGCGCAGGCUGGCGCCUCACCACCCUUACAAAGUCCAGCGCCAUGCUGCCAAUAUCCGGGAAAGAAAAAGGAUGCUGAGCAUUAAUUCUGCUUUCGAGGAGCUUCGGUGCCAUGUGCCCACAUUUCCCUAUGAGAAGCGCCUUUCCAAGAUAGACACAUUGAGAUUGGCCAUCGCGUACAUUGCCCUUUUGAGAGAAAUCUUGCUCUCAGGUUGCGACCCAAAGUCUUACGUGGACGAGUGCAUGAAAAACGGCUACAAAAAUCAGACCAACGCCAUUUGGAAUACAAGUGAUCUGACAGCCCGCCUGUCCUGGAUAAAGUGGGAUUAGGUCUAUCUUUAUAGACCGCUGAACAGUAAAAAGAUUUUUUCUCCACUCCACAGACGUGAUGACAUCACCGCUCAGUAACAGCUGCGUACUUCUCACCAGAUCUCACCUGACUGUAUUGUGCUGCACCGAUCAUGUCUUUUAUAUUCAGAUUAAUUUCUUAUGUUUCUAACUUCACUUUUCAAAGUUCAGUUUCAUUUUUUUAUUUUUCUUGUAUUCAAACAACUACUAAUACGGCAUCUGAGUGAAAUGUUUAUUCUGGACGAUGUUACGGUGCCUCAUUGGAGUUACAAUUAGCUUUUUAAUUGAAAGUUACAUUUAUUAAAUCUUAAUAUCCAUUUCAUUAUUCAUGAUCUUGAUCGUAAAUGUUUAAUUUUAACUGUUUUUGAAUUACAGCAUAUUUGUUUAUUUAUAGACUUUUGAAGCUGUCUUAUUUAAAAGU